CUCUCUCUCUCUCUCUCUCUCUCUCUCUCUCUCUGCAGAGACUGCUUUAAUAAGUCCAAAUAGAUUGACAAGUCUUUUUACCUUUUCUUAGGCAUCAGUCCUACUUUUCCCUUUCAAACUAAACUUACCGGAAUCAAAACCCUCUCGACAUAAAGAACCUUACAAGACUCCGGAACUAAAACCCAAACUCUCUUUCCUCUUCCCCUCUCACUCUGUCUGCUAUAUAACUACACACUCCUGCUUACUGCUCAGUCAUCUUCCUUCUCACUCAUAUCACAAAACAGAAGCCAUCCUAUCUCUCAUGCUCACAGCCUCCACGCCUUUCUCACUCCUGUUUUCCCUCUCAAUCAAGCCAUGGAAGACACAGAAAACUCCAAUGGCAACCAGAAAUGCCACCCCAAGACCAGAACCCUGAGGGGCGGCACCAGAGCCAAUCCUCAGAACCACCACCACCACCACCACCACCACCAACAACUAAUCCACCACGCAAACCAGUUCGGUUUCUGCAACCAGAACCAGUAUUAUCAGAGAUACUCCUCCUCCUACCCAGCUCUUCUUCCUCUCCCUCCUCUCCUCCCUCUGCAACUCGCUCUAACUCCACCGCUGCCUCCAAACCACCACUUCCGAUCAAAAACCCACCUCCAGAAACCUUCAUGCAGGCUCAAUACUCCUCCUUUUGCCGCCUCCUCCGAAACCCAGGUGCCCCAACUCACAAUUUCACCAAAAGCUACAGAGGGGUAUCAAAAACAAACCAGUUCACCAUUUAUAGGAGAAGAUGGAAGGAAGUUGCUCACAGCUGCAGGAAAAGCAAUAGUGACUGCAAGGAGGCCAGAUUCUGGUGGUGUGGAAGGGACUGUAAUCUCCCUCUUGGCUAACCAUUUUCUUGUCCAAUUUGAUUCAUCGCAGCAAAUUUUCCAUUACAAUGUCGACAUUUCCCCUAACCCCUCGAAGGAAGUUGCUAGAAUGAUCAAACAGAAGCUGAUGGAGGAUAACUCGGCUGUGCUAUCCGGUGCAAUUCCGGCUUAUGAUGGCCGGAAGAAUCUUUACAGCGCCGUUGAAUUCCGAGACGAUAGGCUUGAAUUCUAUGUAAGCCUCCCCAUCCCCGCAAGCAAGCCAACAUUGCCAUAUGGGGCAUUCAAUGACUUACAAGAGAAGCAUCAAGAACAUAAACUUUUUCGGGUCAAUAUCAAACUCGUGUCAAAGCUAGAUGCGAAGGAAUUGAGUAGUUACUUGAACAAUCGGGGUGAUGAAUGGAAGCCGCUUCCUCAGGAUUAUCUCCACGCCUUGGAUGUCCUCUUGAGGGAGGCGCCAUUGCAGAAGUGUGUACCUGUGGGAAGAUCACUCUACUCGAGUUCAAUGGGUGGAAGUAAAGAAAUUGGAGGAGGGGCUGUAGGACUGAGAGGGUUCUUCCAGAGCCUUCGACCAACGCAACAAGGACUAGCUCUCAAUGUUGAUUUCUCCGUGACUGCAUUCCACGAAAGCGUUGGAGUGAUCCCAUACUUACAGAAGCGCCUCGAGUUUCUUCAAGACCUUCCUCAAAGGAAGACAAGGGGUUUAACUGAGAAAGAAAGGAAAGAAGUGGAGAAGGCAUUGCAGAACAUCAGGGUCUUUGUUUGCCACCGAGAAACUGUUCAGAGAUACCGCGUUUUUGGCUUAACCGAGGAAGCCACUGAAAAUCUUUGGUUUGCAGACAGGGAUGGGAAGAAUUUGAGGCUGUUGACUUACUUUAAGGAUCACUAUAACUAUGAUGUACAAUUCAGGAAUUUGCCUUGUUUGCAGAUUAGUAGGAGUAAACCGUGCUAUCUUCCGAUGGAGCUAUGUAUGAUCUGUGAAGGCCAGAAGUUCCUCGGGAAGCUGUCUGAUGAUCAGACUGCAAGGAUACUUAAGAUGGCCUGCCAACGACCGAAAGAACGAAAAGCCAUUAUAGAUGGAGUUAUGAGAGGUCCUGUUGGGCCAACAAGUGGCAUUCAGGAAAGAGAAUUCAAGCUCCAUGUUUCGAGAGACAUGACGCAAUUAAAAGGAAGAGUUCUUCAACCUCCGAAGCUAAAGCUUGGUGAUGGUGGUCAUAUAAGAGACCUAAUUCCCUCUCGUCUUGACCGGCAGUGGAAUCUUAUGGACAGCCAUGUGUUUGAAGGUACUCGAAUCGAGAGGUGGGCAUUGAUUAGUUUCGGUGGCACCCCUGAUCAGAAGAACAGCAUCCCGAAAUUCAUACGCCAGCUAUCUCAAAGAUGUGAACAACUGGGAAUCUUCCUCAACAAGAACACGAUUGUUAGCCCCCAAUUCGAACCAUCCCAAGUGCUUAACAAUGUGUCGCUGUUAGAAUCUAAGCUCAAAAGAAUCCAAAGAGCUGCAUCAAACAAUCUCCAGCUGCUUAUAUGUGUAAUGGAAAGAAAGCACAAAGGCUACGGAGAUCUCAAGCGAAUUGCGGACACAAGCGUUGGGGUUUUAAGCCAAUGCUGCUUGUACUCAAACCUCGGGAAGUUGGGUUCGCAGUUUUUGGCAAACCUAGCUCUUAAGAUCAAUGCUAAAGUUGGAGGAUGCACGGUUUCCUUGUACAAUUCAUUACCAUCUCAAAUCCCGCGGCUGCUGCUUGCUGAUGAGCCAGUGAUCUUCAUGGGCGCAGAUGUGACCCAUCCACAUCCACUCGAUGACUUUAGUCCUUCUGUUGCUGCUGUGGUUGGUAGCAUGAAUUGGCCAGCGGCAAACAAGUAUGUUUCGAGAAUGAGAUCUCAGACACAUCGACAAGAAAUCAUCCAGGAUCUCGACGCAAUGGUGGAAGAAUUAUUGAAUGAGUUUUGCCAGGAAGUUGGCAAACUCCCCAAGAGAAUCAUUUUCUUCAGAGACGGGGUAAGCGAAACGCAAUUCUACAAAGUGCUUCAAGAGGAGCUGCAAUCCAUUAAAAGGGCAUGUUCUAAGCUUCCCGGUUAUGCGCCUCCCAUAACAUUUGCAGUGGUUCAGAAGAGGCAUCACACAAGGCUGUUCCCUUUCAAAAUUGAUCCAUCUUCGAAGCAGAAUCAAUUACUCGAUGAAAACAUUCCCCCUGGAACCGUUGUGGAUACCGUGAUCACUCACCCGAAAGAAUUUGACUUCUAUCUUUGCAGUCAUUGGGGAGUUAAGGGAACAAGCAGGCCAACUCAUUACCACAUUUUGCGGGAUGAAAACGAGUUCACCUCAGAUGAACUGCAGAAGCUGGUUAACAUUCUGUGCUACACGUACGCAAGGUGCACGAAGCCGGUUUCGCUGGUGCCCCCAGCUUACUACGCUCACUUGGCGGCGUACCGAGGCAGGCUUUACCUUGAGAGAUCAGAAUCCACAACGUAUACAAGAAGUGGUUCUACGCUCUCCAGAGCCGGCCCUCCGAAGGAAAUGGCUCUACCAAAACUUAGUGAGAAUGUUAAGAAACUCAUGUUUUACUGCUGAGUUUCAGUUAAUUCAUUAGGUUAAUUAUAGUUAAGGCCACAGAGGUGGUUAGGCCAAUGUAGCAGAAGAACAGCCGAGUUUCUUAUGCUAAGUAAACUACGAAUCAUGAUUCAUGAUUAAUCUGCAUGCCAAACUCAUGGCAAAUAUGGUUUUCCUAGAUGAAUUUUAUAUGCAGUUCUCAA